UGCUCCGCCUCUGGCGCGACUAAGGACGGUAGGAUAGAGGUAGUGACUCUCACAUGGACUUGGUAGUCGGCCAGCGAGCAGCAUGGAGGCGCCCAGGCGGAUCAUUGAUGCUGACCUGGGCUGGUACGUCUCUGGUCAGCAGCCCGAAGAAGCGGAGGCGGAAGAGUUGAACCCGUUGCUAAGCAACGAAUUUCACAGACAGGAAUCCUCGGGUGUUUCAUUUGGUUUCUCAGUGUUUAAUUUGAUGAAUGCCAUCAUGGGGAGUGGCAUCCUUACCUUAGCUUAUAUUAUGGCUAAUACUGGUAUCCUUGGAUUUGGUUUCUUGCUGCUGAUAGUUGCUCUGCUGGCUUCCUACUCAGUUCAUCUCCUGCUUAGUAUGUGUAUACAGACAGCUGUGACAUCUUAUGAAGAUCUUGGACUGUUUGCAUUUGGAUUGCCUGGAAAGGUGGUGGUGGCAGGCACCAUAGUAAUUCAGAAUAUUGGAGCUAUGUCUUCUUAUCUUUUCAUUAUUAAAACAGAACUCCCUGCUGCUAUUUCAGAAUUUUUAUCUGGAGACCAUAGUGGGUCUUGGUAUCUUGAUGGACAAACACUACUAAUUAUCAUUUGUGUUGUGAUUGUGUUCCCUCUUGCACUUCUUCCUAAAAUAGGAUUUCUUGGCUACACAAGUAGUUUAUCAUUUUUCUUUAUGGUAUUCUUUGCUCUAAUGAUCGUAAUUAAAAAAUGGUCCAUCCCUUGUCCUUUGACGUUGAAUUAUGUCGAGCAAUACUUCCAGAAUUCAAAUGCAACAGAUGAUUGUAAACCAAAGCUCUUUCAUUUCUCCAAAGAGGGUGCUUAUGCCAUACCAACCAUGGCUUUUUCAUUCCUCUGUCAUACCUCGAUAUUGCCCAUAUACUGUGAACUUCAAAGCCCUUCAAAGAAAAGAAUGCAGAAUGUAACCAACACAGCAAUUGCAUUAAGUUUUCUCAUUUACUUUAUAGCCGCACUUUUUGGGUACCUUACUUUUUAUGACAAAGUGGCGUCAGAAUUACUACAAGGUUAUAGUAAAUACUUGCCACAUGAUUUUGUUGUCAUGACUGUGAAGCUAUGCAUACUAUUUGCUGUGCUUCUGACAGUCCCUCUAAUCCACUUCCCUGCAAGGAAAGCGUUAAUGAUGAUAUUUUUCUCCAAUUUUCCAUUCUCAUGGAUUCACCAUUCUUUGGUCACUGUAGCACUCAACAUUAUCAUUGUUUUACUUGCUAUUUAUGUUCCUGACAUUAGGAAUGUAUUUGGUGUAGUGGGUUCCAGCACAUCAACUUGUUUGAUUUUUGUAUUCCCUGGACUAUUUUAUCUUAAACUUAGCAGAGAGGAUUUUUUGUCCUGGAAAAAGUUUGGGGCCUGUGUUUUGCUCAUCUCUGGGAUUUUGGUUGGAAGUUUUAGUUUAGUACUCAUCAUUUUUGAUUGGAUUACUAAAUGAAAAUAUAUUUUCCCACCUAUUAUGAAGACUAAUUUAUUUCCAUUGCAAAAAGGAAUAAGUCUGGAAGGUACAUGAGAUAAAUUUUCUUUGUAUUGUUAACAUUUUUGUAAACAUUAACAGAAAAGUGGAACAAAGUGAGAGCAGGUAAGGGAAAUGGACACCUGGUAGCUUUAACCCAAAUAAGAAACAAACUCAUUGUAUUCAAGUAUAGUGGGUCAAUCUUUUAGUUGUUGAUGUUGCUUAAAUUAAUAGUCUUUAUUUUUAGGGCAGUUUGAAUAUUUACAAAAAUAUUUUGCAGAAAAUCCUCACAGACAAUGCAGGCAUUAACAACCAAUGAUCUUUUUUCUCUCUCCACAAAAAACUAUGAUCCUUUCCCUGUGAGCCUUUUCACAAUGGCAUAGUUGGACUCUUCUCACCUUUCAGACUGGCCCCCUUCCUUAGCAAUAUGCAGUUAAAUUUCUAUGUCUUUUUAUAACUUGUUGCUCAUUUCUGUUUAUCACUGAAUUCCAUUGUAUGGAUGUACUAUUGUAUCCAUUCAUGUAAGUGCUGGCAGUUAUAAAUCAAAUCAUAAACAUAAAACAAAAAUAAACAAUAACACUAUAGAUAUUUGCAUGAAUUUUUAAGCUUAUUUGGGUUAGUAGCAAGGAGUACAAUUGCUGUACCGUAUGAUAAGAAUAUGUUUAGUUUUAUAAGAAACUGCCAAACUGCCUUCCAGAGUGGCUAUAACAUUUUUCAUUCCUGCCAGCAAUGAAUAAGAGUUCCUAAUGUUCCACAUCCUCAUCGGCACUUGGUGUUAUCAAUGUUCUGGAUUUUUUUCCAUUCUCCUAAAGGUAUAGUUGUAUCUCAUUGUUUUAAUUUAAAGUAACUAAUGGCACAUGAUUUUGAGCAUCUCUUCAUGUGUUUAUCUUCUGUUUGUUUUCUUUGGCGAGGUUCAGUUCUUUCGCCUGCUUUUUAAUUAGGCUGUUUUCUCAUUGUUGAUUUUUAAGAUAUGUUGAUUAUUAUAGAUACUAGUACUUUAUCAGAUAUGUAUUUUGCAAAGAUCUUCUGGUCUGUGUCUUGUCUUCUCAUUUGCUUAAAAGUAUCUUUGGCAGAGCCAAAGUUUUUAAUGUUACUAAAUAUGUUGGCUCAAUCUUUUGUUUG